AUGGAGAAACAAAGGCAUCUGCAACCCAACACUGCAACAGUUUCUGAUGUUUACCAACCAUCUAUAUCAACUGUGGGUGAAUUCAGCUUCGUUUCAUUUAAAACCUCAGACUAUCAGUCUGCUUUCAUUCGCGGUGCAGCAGGAGCUGUGGACCAGGAUUCAGAAAACGUGCCCAGCAAGGGCCACAAGCUUGGGGAGCAGAGUCAGAAGGUGGGUGGGGCCCAGAGUCUCCAUCUCAAUAGUCCUGUCCUGUUCCCUGGUCCAGGGCUCCGUGAUUCCUUGUACUGUGUCCUGGGCUACCUGGACUUUCUGGCCCUGGUGAGCUUCACUGUGGCUUUCCUGGCCAGGAGGCUGCCCGACAGCUUCAAUGAAGCCAAGUUCAUCACGUUUGGCAUGCUGGUGUUCUGCAGCGUCUGGGCCUCCUUCCUUCCCGCAUACCAGGGCACCAAGGGGAAGGCCACAGUGACCACAGAGAUCUUCUCCAUCCUGGCCUCCAGUGCCGGGCUUCUUAGCUGCAUCUUCAUCCCAAAGUGUUAUGUCAUCCUGCUGCAGCCUGACAGGAACAACCGGGAGUGA